UAGGCAUGCAACGUUGCAUUUAUGCAAUAUGCCAGUCAUGGGCUUGUCGGGUCGCGGAUGAGUCGCGUCUGUAAUUAGUGAUGACUUUUUCAAUACAAUUUAAUGUGAACAGUACCAAUCUUUUAUUUAAACCACUUCACCCAAAGACAAGCCUCGACAUUGGUGACCCCGACAAGUACUAAAGUGAUCGCGACGCGAACGUGACGUGAUAAAAAUGAAUCCUUCGUCAUUAGCUCCAGUUAAGGUCGAGAUGGGCGAAAACCCUUUGGCACAAAUAACCGUGUCAAGCAGGAUACCGGAUUUCUGGAAGGAAUCACCACGUCUUUGGUUCGCCCAGUUUGAGGCGGUGGUAGCAAAUCAGAAGUUGGCCGACGAAUCACGAUACAAUUUGGUUGUUGCGAAGCUUAACCGUGAGCAGGUAGAAGAAGUAAGCGAUAUUGUAUUGGCUCCGCCCGACACCAAAAAGUAUGAAGCCUUGAAAAAUCGACUACUUAUCGUGUAUGAGGAGCCAGAGGUUCGGCAGGUUCAAAAGCUUUUGAAAGAAUUAGAAUUGGGAGACCAGAAGCUUUCCCAACUUCUAAGAAGAAUGAGAGACCUUGCUAGAAACAAGUUUGGGGACGAAACUUUGAGUAUGCUAUGGAUGGGACAUUUACCAGCAGCGAUACAGGCAAUUCUCGCAGUAAGUGAACUGAAAGAUUUGAAGAAGCUGGCUACUAUGGCAGAUAAAGUUGUCGAAACGACUCGAUUUGCAGAAAUCCAAGAGGUGUCGUGCUCUAGGAACAGUUUACCAGCCACGCAGCCAAGCCUGGUAGAGCAGAUUGCUCAGCUAACGCAGCGUUUGAGCCAGUUGGAAACCUCAAACUCGAGAAACAGAUCGUUUAGUCGUAACGGAUACAAGAAGUUUCGUCGCCCUGCAUCACGAAGCCACGAUCGCACAGGACACGUGAACCGGAGAAACCCAAAUUGGUUGUGCUUUUUCCACUUCCGGUACAAGGGAAAAGCCAGCAAAUGCAUUCAACCUUGUGCAUGGCAGAAGCAGCAGGAGACUGAAGCGGAAAAAAACUAAAUGCGGUACAGUCAGAGGCGGAUGUCUGUACCAGCGUAGUAACCCAGCGCCUGUGUAUUAAGGACAAAAAAGCGGUCUACAAUUUUUGUUUGAUACCGGCGCCAAUGUGUCAGUUUUACCAGUGUCCAAGUUCAAACGUUUUGCGAGUGAAAGUAGUAAAUAUAAACUAUACGCGGCAAACGGAAGUGUAAUUAAGACAUUCGGUACUAAGAUAAUGUCAUUGGACUUUAGUUUACGGCGACCGUAUAAAUCAUUCAUUAUCGCCGAGGUAACCCAACCAAUUAUAGGGGCAGAUUGUCUGGCUCACUACGGUUUGAUUAUGGUAGAUUUAAGGUCAUGUAGGUUAAUUGAUAAUUUAACAAAAUUGAAAUCUGUUGCCAGUAUAGUGAAGGUGGAUCAGCCGACCGUGAAAACAGUAGAGAAUACUCACCCAUUUCACGAUUUAUUAUGUAAGUACCUUAAUAUUACUAAGCCUGCAGCGUACAGGGAAAUACCUACCCAUGGUGUUUUUCACUACAUCGAGACAACUGGACCCCCAGUAUUUGCGCGGGCUAGACCUCUACCGCCGACUAGAUAUAAGAAAGUGCAAGAAGAGUUUCGAUUCAUGCAAGAAGCAGGUACUUGCCGACCUUCAAAGAGUCCUUGGGCCAGUCUACUGCACGUGAUACCCAAGAAGAAUGGCGAGUUACGCCCGUGUGGAGAUUAUAGGAAGCUUAACUCUAUUACCAAACCGGACAGAUACCCUAUACCUCGUCUAUCCGACUUCACGUAUUUACUAUCUGGUAAAAAAAUAUGUUCAAAGAUUGAUAUAAACAGAGCUUAUCACUGUAUUCCUGUAGCGCCAGAGGACAUAGAAAAAACUGCAAUUAUUACACCAUUCGGGUUAUACGAAUUCCCACGUAUGGGAAUAUAUCCCAAUAUACGUUUGGGUUGCGCAAUGCUGCUCAAACGUUCCAGCGGUUCAUGCAUCAUACCGUGUAGCAGGAGUUGGACGCUGAUUGCAAAGACGAUAUAUUUUGUUAUAUUGAUGACAUAAUUAUAGCACCAAAAACAAAUAUAAUAUAACUAUAAAUUUAGCAAAAUGUACGUUUGGGAAGACAGAGAUAGACUUUGUUGGCUAUCUCGUGAUAUCAGACGGGAUUCGUCCACUUGGUGAUAAAGUUAAAGCUAUUAAUGAAUUUCCCAAGCCCGAAAACAUCGAACAAUUGCGACGAUUUUUGGGCAUAGUCGACUUUUAUAGGUCUCAUUUACCAAACGCU